AUGUGUGUCCUCUGUUUCCCAAAAGCUCUUGCCCACAUUUUUAAAACCUACUUUAUGGCCAGUUACCACUUCGAAUUUGGUAACUGGCCAGUGGAAUUUCGAUGGGAUGAAGCAGGAGGCAGCAGCCACCCGGGAGGUCGCAAUGACAGCGGCAAAGCCUGUGGGCACCCUAUCCUCGUCAAGGCUGUGCCAGGAGCAUGUCCCGUGGAGCCUGCAGUGGAGGCAGGGCCUUAUGGACACCGGAGUACCCGAUGGAACCUUAUUAGCAGCGUUAAACAGUUGCCCAGUCGUGUUGCCAGCUACAUCAUGGCUCACUCCUUAGGCCGUUGGUUGCUAUACCCGGGUUCUGUCUUCCUCUUGAACCAAGCCCUGCUCCCCAUCCUGGCCAAGGGUCAGAUCCGCCUCUUGCAAGAGUAUAAUGGGAAACGGGCAAAGCUGGUGGCCCGGGAUGGAAAUAAGAUUGACACCAUGUUUGUGGACAGGAGAAUCAAGUUGGGUGUGCCUGGGGCACAACGGGGGAACCGCCUCGUGAUCUGCUGUGAGGGGAAUGUCAGCUUUUAUCAGUGGGGCUGCCUGUUCACCCCCUUGAAGACGGGAUAUUCGGUGCUGGGAUGGAACCACCCUGGGUUUGCCGGAAGCACAGGGCAACCGUACCCGAAGAAUGAUGCCAAUGCAGUGGAUGUGGUGAUGAGGUAUGCCAUACUCCGCCUGGGCUUUAGAGUUGAGGACAUUGUGAUGUACGGAUGGUCGUUAGGGGGUUAUUCAGCCACCUGCGCGGCCAUGUCCUACCCGUCACUGGGCGCUUUGGUUCUGGACGCCACCUUUGAUGAUCUGCUCCCCUUGGCUUUGAAUGUCAUGCCCAAGAGUUGGAAGAAGCUGGUGGUGCGGACCGUGAAGGAGCACUUCAACCUCAACGUAGGGGAACAGCUGUGCAAGUACUUUGGACCCGUCUUGCUCAUUCGCAGGACCAAGGAUGAGGUCAUCAGCACCUGCCCUGUGGGUCUGGAAGACCAGAUAGCCAAUCUCAGAUGCAACAGGGCCAAUGAGCUUCUGGUCCAGUUGCUCGAACACCGUUACCCAUGUAUCAUGUCCCAAGAUGGUCUGGAAGCUGUGCAUGACUGGCUCAGAGCUGCCAACCCCAAACAGGAAGCGGCACUUUACCAGCGGUACAGGGUGGAUGAUGACUGGUGUCUCAAGGAGCUUCGGUGUUACAAGUCCAGCCUUGGGCUUAAGGAUCACUUCCCUUGGCAGGUUGGACAGUACAGCCAGUGCCGAGAAAAGCAACAAAUGGCUGUGUUCUUAGCCAGAAAGCAUCUGAAGAACGUGGAGGCCACCCACUGGUCUCUUCUGAAGCCUGAUGACUUCCAAAUGCCAUGGGAAUUAUAG